CUGGGCUGUCAAGCUCGGUCUCGCAGUUCGUGCCUGCAAAAAUCGUGAUUUUGUGGGAUGGCGUGAGUGAUCAGACCUAGAAAAUGAGGGAGACCGAGAAUACCGAACUUCACUUGAACAAAAUUUAUCAGCAUUACGUCGAGAGUGCUUUUUAUCGUUUUCAAUCGUCUUCAUAAACGUAAUCCUACAUCAGUGUAGUACGUCGUACUUUGAUUUCGCGCAGAAAUCUAGAAGACUUUCCAGACGUGGCAUCAUUUAGCUGCUGGGCACAAGGACAUAACUCUGCGCUUCGUCAACCGUCGGGCAGUACUUAUAAAGCAAGGGGGAUCCGUAGAGGGGAAGUAUGUGAUUCUGCUGCGCGUAGGUACUAGAAGUACUCGAACAUACCAACUUCAGCGAGACGCCACGUUUUCUUUUUGGUUGAGUACUCGCGGCUAACACACGUCGGCAUCAAAUGCCCAGUAGUUCACUCAUGAAAUGCAAGAAAAACAAGCUAGGUCCAAAGACAGUAAGAAAUGUUUUUUUUCCCACUGUUCCACACAACUAUCCUGUAAGUCCAGGCUCUACAACUAGUUCCCGCGUUGAACCUUGUUCGGCUGGCGAUCGGUGAUGAACUUAUUCGGUGGCAACUAUGGAGCUGCCGCUGCCGCGGAAGGUGCUCUCGACUUCGUUUCCAACUUUUCACAGCAGGUGAACGAACACGGGCUAAAAGGAGCCACAAAACGCGUAGCCCAGAGUAUUUCGUCAUCAACUGUAUCGAACUUCGAGGCAUGGCGCAAUCUGCGGCAGUUACCCGAUUUGAUCUCGAACUCGCACAGCAAACCGGACAGCGAACUACUUUGCAUUAAGCCUGCUUUAUGCUCUUUGCUUUAUUCAGAUCAUGUCCGAGCAACCACGCUUCUUCUUCAUCGUCUCUUGAGCAACUACUUGCAAAUGUGAUUGUAGUACUAUCACGCUGCCUUUUCGACAAAAGAUAGCAUCGCUGCUGUCACUGAUGUCCGAGUGUCUCGGUUGUAUAGAACCUCGAAGACGAAGUCCUGAAUCAUUCAAAACACAACGAAGCCACGGAUAUUUUUAAAGAGCAGUACUUCAUUGACACGUACAAGCAGUACCUGACCAAUCGAAAAGAAAGUGGCUUGGGCUUAAUUCGGUAUAUUGAAAUAUGUUUGAAAUAAUAUUAUUGCUUUGCGUACAUUUUUACUAAGCACAGUAAAUUUGGACAAAAUGUAUCCAAAAUUUUGCCCACUUAGAGAAUGCCGCUUGUCACGCUGACUUACUAGGAUUGACAUCGAACACAAGCUUUGUCAUGCAGAAGCAAACCGCAUCUGUACUGUUUCUGUUUGUAUUUGUAGUACGUGCACGGAUAUAUUAUGCUGUGGAUAAUUUAAGUGGUCAGGCAACUAGGUGUCACGCAUGUGUUUGGCGUCGUCAUCUCAUACGGAAAAUGCAUUCACACGAUAUAAGGUUUUCGUUUCAGCAGCUGUUGUUCAUUAACACAAAAAUCACAAUGAGAAACAAAAUAACGAUCUUCCAGGGACCUGCGAGAGCUUGUGGGCAAGACGCUAAAGUCUCCUGCGGCCACCUUCAUUGGUGCGCUAAAACUGCAGGGAGUCCCGAUCAACGGCAGGCUGGGCAACCAACAUUCCUUAACCCCAAGCGAUAUUGUCGCACAACACCUGGCGGCGAAGGGCAUUCACGAAGGGCACCUCGAGUAUACCCGAGUUUAUUCUUCAGUUCUUGCUUCUAGUAAAUAUAAACCUAAAGCAAAACGACAAUUUAGGAAAGUGCGCUGUUGCUGUGACAAAUCAAGAAACCAACAAUGCAUCAAAGAUUGAUGAAGUUUAUCUUUGUGUAAUAUAACUACAAUUAUUAUUUUAUUUCAGGUUGGUGGACAGGUUGCACGGAACCACGGUGCAGGAUUGGGCAUCUGCUGAGCGCGAUAUGGAAGUGAAUUCAGUACACCACCGAGCAGCUACAGCAACGACAUUGCAUGACUUUCGAUCAAGGAGGGCAGCGGCAGCGCGGCUCCUGGCGCGUGUCUGCCAGAUGCCAAGCUGAUGGAGAAGAUUAUGAUGAUGAACAAAAAUUCAAAUGAAUAUUGUCUAGCAGUUGCAAUCCCAUGCGGCAUACUCAUGCAGAAGAGAACGUAGUGGUGCUACGGCGAGGCCUAUCCCUACGUAUAAUCCCCCAGGCUUCCGCUUUUUGCCUGCAACUGCUUGCGAAUGAUGUACGGCCCUCGGCCUCGCAAUACCAAGUAGAUGAAGAUUUUUUAGAAAGCCGGCGGCUGGACUUUCGCACAGUGCAAUGUCGUUGCCGAGUGUCUUUGGCUUUCAUAACUUCCUGGUUGGCUUUGGGAAUGGAGGAGCUAUAUUUUAUGAUCGCGCAAAGCAAUGUCCUGUUCCUAGGAAGUGAAGAUGCUCUACUAGCAUUUUCUUGUGUGAAGGAGAUAUCCUUAUCCCUCCAGAUCCAGCAUCAGGAGUAUGUAUGGUGCACUAGUCGUGAUCCCGCGGGAUUGCAGGUACUGAUGUGACCCCGAAUCUUAAAAUGUGAUGCUGCUGGCCCUAAGGUUGACUUCCUUGCCAUGACAAGGACGUAGUCGCGCACGUGAAUAAGAUCGGAGAGACCUGCCCCACCACCACCGCAGCAGCUCGGCAACAACAUGCUGCAACUCGCGGUUUUACAACCAGAACUGCCCCGACGGUCGGGUAUCCAGCAUGCGCUCAUUCUCUGGUAUGACUUUCGCCAGUUGGCCGCGUUUAUGGAAGAAACAAACUAACUUGUUGCCGGCCGAUGAAACGCCUACUUUUUCCGCUUGAUUAGACUCAUAUCAUUGUUAGUUUCUGAUGAUACUUCGGAUUGUAAUUUGUUGUUGCUGCCCCUGCCUUCCCCUGGCUGCGAACAAGCUGUUACUUUUCUUUUAUCUUCUGUCUCCACGGUUGCAAGCGAAGCUGUUUGUUUCUUGCAUAGUCCAUGAAUUUGUGAAGCAGCAGGAAGACGGCGUUGAGCCGGAGAAGCAGCAAGCGUUUUUCUUCCAAGUGUGGGAGUAAGUCAUAUUUUCACUAAUGUUAGUUAUGCUUAUGGCUGCGCUUUCCUGCGUUGAGGUUGAAGUUCAGUUGUCUGGUAGCAUGGUUUGAACAGAAGUAUUUGAAUAUCAGCAAAGACAACAUGGAAGAGAUGAAGCAACAAUGAAAAUACAUCUUCUGUCUAAGGUUUCUCGUCGCGCUGAACGGUGGAGCGGUAUUUGUGAACCGCAUUCUCGAGAAUCGCACCCAGUUUGAACGCCACCGCGCGGAGAGAACGUACUUGGCGUUGUUCGGCCCGAACGGGUUGGUCCCGGUGCAAGACGACGGUGUGACACCCCUGAUACCCUUCGAUUGGGACGGAUUUACAAAUAAGCAAAUCCAUGACCUGCUGCGGACCAAGCUCAUCAGCCCCGUCCCACCGGCGAGCAGAUUCGCGGUCUUUCAAACGGAAAAGAAGGCAAUUCUCGACGGUAGAUUGCAGGAGCGGGGCAACACGAUCGGUGGGAGGUGAGAAGCUUAAGCAACUGUUGCGGGCGCGCCAGAAGCGCCAGCACGUUUAAGUACUUAUUGAAAAAGUACAAUAUUAAAUUUUGCUUCUGGAGGUAGUAUGUCGUGUUGAUAUCUGUCAACUGUCCUUUCUGACGUUCUACUUCUUUCGUUCUACUCCUACAAGUAGUCUAAGGCAUAGACAGGAGGGAAUAUGAAAAUACAGAAGAAUACAGGCCGUCCUCUACACGACCUACAAGCCAGGCAUAGAGGACCUGGAAUAUGAAAAUCAAGAAGAAUAAUGCUAUAUGCUUAUAAAAACAAAAAGACAAGCCCGCUUCAUUUUACGAACUGUACGUCUCAAAUAGAGUACGUGCACUUGAUAACUGUCAAAUAGGCAUGAGCGCGGAAGUGCUUGUUCCAUGUAAUGGAUAUCAUAGCCUGUCGCAAACCCAAUUGCGGUAAUUUCGCGCAGCUACUAUGACAGUUUUACCGACCCGCUCCACAGGUUUAGUUCACAUCAUCCUUCUGACCAUUAUUUCGUAUUUAUUCGUUUCAGAGUUUACAUUUUUCUAGCUUCCAGUUACAAAAUCUGAUUCUGAUUGUUACUUCAUGUCCGUUUCAAAGUUUACACUUUUCUAGCUACGCACGAACCCAAACAGUAAAGGGAGUGAAGAAGUGCCAUUUUAUCUGUACAAAAUAAUUGGGAAAAUGAAAAACAAGACCUUCAUCGAGAGUCGUUCUUGAAGCAGUUUUGAUCUGGUCCUGUGGUCCUUCUCGUGGUUUCUGCCACAGUUGUGUUCCGGCUCAAUUUUUCUCUAGUUUAGUUUUGUCCCAGGGUCUUUUUGGAUACUAUCUCCUUAUGCAAUUCCAAUUUCC